UCUAAACUGUUGGCUCCUCUUUGAGCGGAGAACCUCCGUGGAGAGAAUCUCUCCUCCUUCAUAGAGAUGUCCUCUCUCCCAUGAUAUUUAUAGAAAAUAUUUUCCUUACUCAACGGUCCUUAAUGGGACUACCUAAUUUAUUGGAAUAUCCCGUAGAAUAUUCCUCUAAUAAAUGUAAGUGUUGAGCUAGUAGUUCGGGCCAAAUUAAGUGCUGGAUCCCGUAGCUAAAUCACUGUAUAUUGCUUCGGCUUGGUUGACGGUUCUUUCUUUUGAUCAUCUAUACACUUCCCUUUCCCAAAUUCCGUUCGCACUGUCCAAAUUCCCUCAAAUGUUCAAUUAGGGCUUCAAAUUUGGAAUUGCGAACUAACAUUUCCUCUCCUUCAAGGUCUUCGCUGUGGCUGUGGCUGCGCUUCGAUUCACCUAUCCAUAGUUCCAUUAACAUUUCGAUCAAGCCUUGAAAUAUUUCAGGUUUUGGUUUGUUCUUCCCACCAGUCUUAAGUAUUCUGUCAUUCGAAGUGUUGGUAACGCUUCCAUGAGUUUGCACCACCCUAGUUCGACUGAAGACAUUUUCGACUCAUCACUGAAUUUAGAGGACACUCAUUACAAGGAAGGCUACUCCGAAGGCUAUUCUAGUGGCCUAGCUUCGGGCAAAAAUGAAGGCCACGAGGUGGGGCUGAAAACCGGGUUUGAAGUAGGUGAGGAGUUGGGUUUUUACAGAGGUUGCGUUGAUAUCUGGAAUGCUGCAAUUCAUAUACAACCAAACUGCUUCUCGUCACGUGUGCAGAAAAGCAUCAGACAGAUGGAUGAAUUGCUCAAAAAGUAUCCUGUUUCUGAACCGGAGAACGAGUCUGUCACUGAUAUUAUGGACUCAUUGAGGUUGAAAUUCAGAGCUAUAUGUGCAACAUUGAAUGUCAAAUUGGAGUAUAAUGGGUACCCCAAAGCUUCCGAUGUCAAGAAUUCAGGAUUCUGAUUGGUUCAAAUAUUAAAUGAAGGAAAAAACAGAUACUUUUUCUGUCUUUUUCGUGAUCGGUUUGAUCGAAGUAGAAGGUAUGUAAAAUUUUUAAAUUCAUGUGCAUCUUAGAGUUUUCAACCGAUCCCUAAUCUCUCAAUAUCAAUAUUAGCCAUAUGUGGUUCAGUAAGGUUUUGUAAAACAUUUGGUUGAGUAUAAUGAAGAGAAACAUUUUCUGAAUCAAGUUAGAUUUA